AUGUUGGCUACAUAUUUAGAAGGGAUUUUGAGUUAUGUAUUACAUAUUUUAGCCAUUAAGGGCUUUGAUGCUCUGAAGUGGAGAUAUAUCUCCUCAAACUUUUUUCUCUGGAAAAAAAUUGACGCCGCUAUGAGCAAGUUGUCGUUUCGUGCCAGAGCUCUUGAUGCAAACAAGUCUCUCCCGGUUUAUCACGCCGAAGAUGUUCCUGAUUUGCCAGAUAUUGCUUCUGUCAACCGUGUUGUGCCCCAAAUGCCCACCGGAAUGGAAAAGGAGGAAGAAACAGAGCAUCAUUUGCAAAGGGCUAUAUCUGCACAACAAAUUUAUGGCGAAGCACAAAGACUUAUCAUCCCAACCCCAGAUGCAAUCCUAUACGAGUCGGAUUAUAAGCAGCUUAAAAAGCUCACAGUUCAAAUGCCUAAGCAGCUCAUUCACGUUCAAGCUUUUACCUUGGAAGAUGAACUGCCUGACUAUGAUUGUGAUGAAAGUGACUUGAAAUGGCUUGAUACAUACAACAAGAAAAAUUCAAAAAAUACUCUUCAGCCAAUAGACUUGGAAAAAAUGAUGGAUAUACUAGAGAAAGGAUGUAGCUCACGUCUUGAUCUGUUUACUGUUAAUGAUGCACAAGCUUUGAUAAAAAAGGAUGAAAAAUUGGUGACAACAAUAUACGAGUACUGGAAGGAGAAACGAACGAAGGAAGACACAAACUUGACGCCUACUGUUCGAACUGAGAAGAAAGACGGUAGUACACUGCAUGAUCCUUAUGUUGCUUUUCGACGAAGAGUUGAGAAAAUGCAGACAAGAAAGAAUCGAAAGAACGAUGAAGCUUCUUACGAAAAAAUGUUGAAACUUCGAAGAGACUUGAACCGGGCCUGUCUGAUUCUUGAAAUGGUAAAAUUACGAGAAGAGAAGAAACGAGAUUUACUAGACACAACAAUAAAAGUCCUUGAGACCAGGUAUUCUAACAAAGACUUCCAAGGCGAACUGCUUCACCAAUGUUACGAUCUCCUUAAACAACGACAAUUUCAUCAAGAACAACCUACUGCAGUCACAAAAACGCUCAGCAGUGAUCGUACACGAGAGUCAGUAGACGAAAGAGUCAAACGAGCAGAGAUGGUAGAAGAAGCAAGGAAACGUCACAAACUGUUCAAACAACGUUCUCAUUUAAUGUCCUCUACAGACGAAACCGAAGUAACUCAAUCAGCACAACAUGCUCAUGUUCAUACAGAAAAUACUGCUCCAGAGGGUCCUGAUGGUAAAUACACUUUCAGAAGGAAGAAGGGCGUCAUAUAUCACGCUCCACGCUAUGACUCUAUGGGUAACUGGCCAUGGACACACCCUGUUGAAGGUGGUACUGCAGAUUCGCGGUUCUGCUAUUGUUGCACAUCAGUUAAGAAAAAAAGUCGUUGCAUUGGUUUUGCGAGAAGGAGAGUGGGCCGAGGUGGUCGGGUGUAUUUUGAUCGAGCGUUUACUCCCUAUGAUGAUUAUCUUACUAAGCACAAAUCGACGACAGUAAAAUCACCCUCACCAACAAACGGUUUGAUGUCCUCAUUUCAAGACAGAGUUCCGCCUUGGCCACAUUUUAAACCACAAAUUGAUUCAAGUGACGAGGACGAAGAUAGUAUAACGAAAAGUCAAAACAACAUCCGUUCAAACUCGUGGUUACGUAGAGACUAUAGUUUCAACAAUGACUCUAAACCAAAACUGGAUAAUAAACCGUUAUUGCAUCGUUCGUUUUCUUCUCAACCGACGUCAAAGUUUCGCGUACAUCCAUAUCCAAGUAGAAAUACGCAGCUUCAUUCGUCAUCUAUAAAUAAUCAAGUAUUUUUAGCUUCUCUAACUAAAAAUGUCGAAUCUCAACAUUGGAUAUCGCGUAAAAACAAAAGCUUGCAUCAUAGCUUUAAUCACGUAAAUAGUAAUAAUACUCUCACUACGACACUGUAUAACCGAAACACGUCACUACAUCAGACUAUAUCUCCGUCGCGUCCAGCAUCGACUGCUCCUGCCGCGUCAAUAUAUCAGUUAAACUUUCCGCUUUCCACUUUAUCGAACACUAACGGUAGCGUAGCCGUGUCUACUAGUAAUAACACGCAGAAAAAGACGGCUAGCGCUGUAACGCAAAAACAAAGUGAAACCACGACAUCAGGCGUCACUGAUGGUACUACACGUACCUUGCAGACAAUAGUUGUUUCGACGCAACCUAGUGUAUCUAGACAACCUUUAAGUAUAGUACAACAGCAACAGUCAUUUAUCGCGCAGAAAAUUAUACCACAUCAACAGAAUAAUGUGCAAGUAAAUAAUUUGCAAGUACAACCAGUCGUAGUGCGAGCAAACAAACUUAGUAUCACUAAAGGACUGUCUAUUAACCAUUCACCCGUGGUAGUGUCAAAUGGUAUCACCACAGCACCCGCUCCGGGUAUACAACUUGCAAGGUGAUCCGUCGAAUAUGGUGCAAACUGUGUUCUGUGGUUGUGGAUUACAAAUUUUCUUUCUAAUAUGCUUAAAACUGUUGAACUGGCUCUGUCAACGUCAAUGUUUCGAUGCUAGUACUUGAAUUUCUUAUAGUAAUCAUUUUGACUGAUUUUUUCCUUCACCCUAGUUUUUUAAUAAACUACUAAGCUGACACAACAACAACAAAGUCCUCUGUUUUUUUAGUCUGUGUGCGUCGUAGUACUUUUUUGUAAAACCUUCUCUUUUAUGGUUUCGUAAAAUUUAUGUAUUCGUGCGCAUUUGUACAUAAUUUUUUUGUUAGUUUUUUUUCUGUCUCAUUUUGAAAUGUUUUUAUAAGUUAUUUAUUUUCGCUUUGUUUGUAAUUGUUCAGCAUAGUUGCAAAGCAUUUGGAAAGAUAUCGUACUCAUGAUUGA